GCGAGCUCGAACCAUGCACGUCCGUCAACAAGGGUUUAAACCCAGAAACUUUGUCAAAGAAGCUCCACAGUGCAGAGAAGUGAGCGCGACAUUCCACAAGACACUCCACGUGAAGUUUUGAGAAAAUAACAAACCGGAUUUUUUUGUGCACCCGGGCAUGGACAAUGGAUACUUUAAGCCUCUCAGUGAACGCGGUCUCCUACACUGUGGCGGCAGAUGUCGCCCCCACUGAUGAUCCGUUCAGCGGACCCAUCAGGGACAUCGCUCCGUGGAACUUCACGGUCCUGGCCGUGCUCAUGUUCGUUGUCACCUCGUUGUCUCUGAGCGAAAACUUCCUCGUCAUGUUCGUCACUUUCAAGUUCAAACAGCUCCGGCAGCCUCUGAACUACAUCAUAGUGAACCUGGCCAUCGCGGACUUUCUGGUCUCGCUCACCGGCGGACUAAUAAGUUUCCUGACGAACGCCAGAGGUUACUUCUUCCUGGGGAGGUGGGCGUGCGUCCUGGAGGGGUUUGCUGUUACUUUUUUCGGGAUCGUGGCUCUGUGGUCUCUGGCCAUCCUCUCCUUUGAACGAUUCUUCGUGAUCUGUCGACCUCUGGGGAACUUCCGACUGCAGGCCAAGCACGCCUCCCUGGGUCUGCUGUUCGUCUGGUCCUUCUCCUUCAUCUGGACCUUCCCCCCGGUGCUGGGCUGGAACAGAUACACUGUGAGCAAGAUCGGGACCACCUGCGAGCCCGACUGGUAUUCAACCAACAUGAAGGAUCACAGCUACAUCAUCACCUUCUUCAGCACCUGUUUCAUUCUUCCUCUCGGGUUAAUAUUCUUCUGCUAUGGAAAACUCCUACAGAAGCUCAGGAAGGUGUCUCACGGUCGUCUGGCCACAGCCAGGAAGCCAGAGCGUCAAGUGACCCGCAUGGUGGUGGUGAUGAUUGUAGCGUUCAUGGUGGGUUGGACGCCGUAUGCAGCCUUCUCCAUACUGGUCACAGCUCAUCCAACCAUCGAACUGGACCCUCGAAUGGCCUCCAUCCCUGCCUUCUUCUCCAAAACAGCUACUGUGUACAACCCUGUCAUAUACGUCUUCAUGAACAAACAGUUCAGGAAGUGCCUCAUCCAGCUCUUCGGCAUAGGGAACAUCCACGACAGCGACCUGAACAGGACCUCAGAGCGCCCUGGAAUCACCGCAGAGAGUCAAACAGGAGAAAUGUCCGCCAUCGCAGCGAGAAUCCCCUUGAGUGGCACUGGAUCGGCCAGGUCUGACGAUUCUCCAACCGACUGCGGCUCAUUCGCACAGCUACCCAUCCCAGAGAACAAAGUGUGCCCCAUGUAGCAGUAAACUUUUCCCUGACCUCUGACCCUCUUUUUGGUAUUUUUUAAACCAGGGCAGACGUUGGUGUCAAAACUAAGAGGCACAAAAACUGUUGAAUUGCUGCAGUAUGUUGCUUCAGCUGGCAGCCAUUCAAAAGUCUUUAAACAGCGACAUAAUAAUCCCUGUGAGGAAAUGCACCCUAUCUGUACGUCCACUAAAACGUCUUGUUUUCGUCACUGCCAGGCUCAGAUUCAAUUUCCACAUACUCAUGGUGCGCUGUGGUCCAUCAGCUCCGUGCACCACGCUGCCGCACGCUGCC